AUGGGCGUGAUUUGCGUGAUGCUGCGCAAUGGUGGAGGCAGUGUCGCGGCAGAAACUUGCUGUUGCUGCUGUUGUCGCCUGGGUCGGCAGGGUGUAGAUGUGAAUGGUCCCGGGGAUCGACCUCGCAACAUGUCCUGUCACAUGGGACUGAGCGGACACACUUGUCUGAGCGGGACCAGCAGUGAUCAUGUGCUCUAUGGUCCUAACUCGGGCCUGAAAAACGGUGGCUCACUUUCACUGGGUCCGCAAGCACCAACCACUCAGCUCUGCCUAACAGGUGCAACCCAACCCGGUAUCGGAGUUUGUCCAUCAGCUCAGCUCCCGGCCAGCUUAAUGGAGACGUCAACCAGUCGGCUUGGCAACGGAGGCUCACGAGUAAUCACCACGGCCACAAACUCCGCUCUGGCAUCUUCUAAACUGCUCUGUAAAAUCGGCCUGCCGAGUUACCAUGCAAUGGCUGGUGAGUGUUUUGAUACUGCAGGAGCAGCAAUCGGGAGCAGAGCCAACCUAGGAGCUGGCGGUGGUUAUGGCGGUGGAUCAGCAGAGACAACCGGUGAUCUGGUCCUGUUCGAAAGCAUAAUAGGCACCACUUUGAAGAAUGCCGAGGCAGAAGCGAGUACAUGCUUUUCUCCGAAACCAGGGAUACUCGAGAGAAACGGAGGAACCAGGCUGGCCGGAGGGUUAGUGACAAGUCUUUCCUGCGGCAAACGAAGGCAGUUGACCGGAAAAACUGUUGACGACCAGGCCAGGCUAACCCAGUAA